GUCUACCACCACCACCACCACCACCACCAUCUCCUUCCUGUCCAUCCUUGUAUACUUCUUGUGUUCCCGUUCUCGCCGAAGACGCGGUACUAAAGUUCUUUUUUUAAACACACAAUCGACGCCUCUUCACUUCACCCGUGUGGAAGAACGAUCUGCAGAGGCUUCUAUCCGUGUUACAUCUUCGCUGACACGGGCCUUCGGCCGCACAUCCUCCGACAUCGAUACCCCGGACGCCCACUUGCUUUAUAUAGCCUGGCCGAAGGCGCUGCUUCUUCCACGACGACUGCGGGCCAUGAUUUUGAAAUCGACAGUCUCUCCUUCCUGCUGACGACUCUGUCUCUCCCGACACCGGUCUCCGCGCCGACGCCAAACAGUCUCGAACUCCGUACAUACACGCCGCCGCCAUGGAUCAGGCCGACAUCCCAGCCCUCCUCUCACGCCUCGCGAGCGACGAGGACGCAGCCAGGAAGAUGGCCGUCUUCAAGCUACAGUCAUCCAUCAACGAUCCUGCGUUCGCCGACGUCUUCAUAUCCUCAGGUGGUCUGGUUGUCCUGCGACGCCUCAUCAUGAGUGCAGGAGGAAACACCUUGGCGUACUCGCUACAGAGUCUGACGCGCCUAUUGGAGGUUGACAUGGGCUGGGAAAUCUUUGAGGGAUCGUCUUCAGGCGACCUCGUUGAACGCAUCGUCGAAUUGAUCGUUACGAACCCACUCGUCAACAUUCUUCGUGGCGCUAUGUCGAUCUUGGUCGCCCUCGUUGGCCAUACGCAGUCUUCCCGCCCGUCAACCCCGCGCACGCCGGGCUCAUUUGGUUUCCGGGCCCUGAAACCGGCCGUUGCAGUUUACCCGCAGUUCUUUGAGCUCGUCAUCGCUCAGCUCGAGUCAGCCGACCACGCGCUGUGUGGUAAUGCCCUCAUGCUCAUCAACGCCAUGAUCCGGGACUCCAUCUCCAGCGACAGUAGUGUCUCCACCCGGUCGAGCUCUCCCGCGAUAGAGGAGUGGUCAAAAUUCAUCAAACGCUUGCAGGAUCUUGGUCUGAUCAAGGCGGUAUACAGCCUGAUGCAGAGCUCCUCGCUGCAGGAUCUCGCGCAUCCUCUGCUCGAGUUCCAGUCCCUGACCAAAAUUCUGCUGAGGAAAUGGCGUGAGGUCAGGGUUGACCUUGAGCGGCCCGAACACAGACGGGGACUCAAGGGCCUCCACCUUGCCAGCAACCCGGAGAAGCAAGUCAAUGGCACAUCCCGAACGGACGAGCCGAACGAAGUUGGAAAGAGAGGAAGCCGGCGGCACAACCCAGAGAAGUGGAGGAGGCUAGGCUUUGAAACGGAGAGCCCCGCGCAAGAGUUCGAAGUUCCUGGCUUUCUAGGUAUGAUGGACUUGACAGACUACGUGCGCAAGAACGAAGAUAGCUUUCAGAAGAUGCUGCUGGAGCAGUCGACGAAGCCAAAGAACGAGAGAUGCCCGAUCGCGCGCGCAAGUCUUGCGGUGACGAUGAUCUUAUACGACCAUUUUGAGGUCGAGAAGUCGGAUAUCGAGGACACCAAGAGUUAUCAAGGCCUGGACGGUGCUAAGAAUAACGAAAAACUAUUCCGCCCACUCAUCCUCCAAUGGUCAAGGCUCCACACAGCCGGGCUGCAGGCCUUCUUCCGAGUGUGGAAGUCGACGGCCGCAGAGCAGUUCGAUUUCGAGAAGGUGGCAGAGCUGGUCCGCAUACUCAUCGAGCAAGUUGUCGGCCAGGCCAGCAGGACAAAGGACGUGAUAGAGGUUGAGGAGGAGCUUCUGGAGUACGACUGCACCCGUUUGCGAGAGCUGCAGAUGGAACUCCUAGAACUGUCAUUCGAAGAUCAGUGGGGCCAGCAUCUGUACCAGGUCCGCGAUGAGUUGAGGCAGGAGGCUCUCCAGUUUGUCAAGGAACAGCGGAUCCGAUGUCUGCUCCAGGGCUCAUGGUUUUCAAAACCAAUGCCCCGGCGGGACACUAACCCCCAAAGCGAGCCUCAGAAGCGUCGUCUAUACACACCCCGGCCGUGGCGAUUCGCCAAACUAUCACACAACCGCCGGUACCUCCACUACGCCGACUUCGAAACGCAAAUAGCACAAGACCCAGGUCUCGACGUGUUAACGGACAAGGUCGAUCUCAGCACCAUUAGCUCGGUGGUGUCCAACGUGUCAGCGCCCAACGAAGAGACUCGCAGCGCGACCAGCAGUUCGACGCUCAAGAACCACGCGACGGGCAAGUCGACAACCAAGAUCACCAUCUUCAGCUACGUCGAUCCCAUCGAGGCGGCCAAGGGCGGCGAUGCAAAGGAACAGGCGGUAUUGACGCUCUACCCGGUUACGCACAGCCUGGCCUCAGAGUGGCUUGAUGGCCUUCUGAUGCUGCUCAACCAGGCUCCCAUCACGGCCGAGACGAACAAGCUUGUUAACCUCGUCAGUGAUUUUGGGCUGAAGAUCAGGCUGCUGAACGUGCGGAUAGAGGCUGCCUACACCGGGCCGACGCCGGGCACUGGGAUGAUUCCCAGUCGGGACGGUCUAGACGAGGACUAUUUUUACGAGGUGUGAGGGUAUACAUGGGACUCAGAGCAGGGGGUGGUUUCUGCUUCCCAUUGAUUUCCUUUGUGAUGCUGUUUUUGGCUUACAUAUACCCGCCUUAUUCUCCUGCUCAUCUGGUUAGGAAUGUGACGAACGGAGCUGGGGACGAUACUCUACAGCAAGUUGGCUUCGCUGCCCAGAACAUGCAUAGCGAGCGGUCAGGUUGCGUCGUUGGUCAUAGAGGCUUGAAUUUUGUAGACGUGGUUUCUCUGAUGUGGUGGGCAAAGUAGCGAGGAGGCUGCGUAUUGGAAUGGUCGUUGGUGUGUGUUAAUACUAGUGUGGGCAGGGCUCUCAUUACAUACCCUCGAAAGCGCAGGUCUUGAGGACUCGCUCAGGUACAUUCUAAUUCUAAUGCAUGUCAAUAUCUUCCAC